ACCCACUCCCGCGCAUCACUCGCCAUCACAAUGGCUGGUCCUGCCAAGAACCGCAUCAACGAGCAGCAGAAGGCUACCCCUUCUCGCCAGACUCCGCAGCGCUCCGUCCACAGCUCGAGCGGCGUUAGUUCGUCCUCGUCCAGUGGCCGCAACACUGCUUCCCCAGCGGUCUCCUCCGCGCGCUCGCAGCCCAGCGCUGCCCGCUCUGCUCGCACCAACGUCUCUCGCGUCGGUGGCUACGACGGCAACGCCGAUCCUGCUCCGCAGCCAGAGCGUGACCCCAACACUGCCAAGGUCAUCGUCGAUCCUCGCAACUUCGACUUGGGCAUUGCUGGGUGGGCUACUGUCCGCGGCACUGACCUGGUCAGCAAGCCACAGCGCGAGGCACCCUCUAAGCUCGGCCAAGCCACCAAGAUCGGCCUCAACACCUAUCAUGUCGAGUCUUUCCCCAAUAUUGUUGUGUACCAGUACGAAGUCAUGAUUGGCAAGGGAGAGGAGAAGCGCGGUGCCAUUGAGAAGGUCUGGAACUCCAAGCCAGUGCAGGCAGAGAUGGGUGGUUUCACCAUCUUUGACGGCAAUCGCUUGGCCUGGUCCGGCAAGCCUCUCGCUCGUGAGGUUCGCCUUACCGUCGACCUGGACGUUGAGCAAGGCCGCCAGCCGAAGGUCAAGUCAGACAAGAACAUCUUCCGCGUCCACAUUCGUCAGACCAACAAGGUUGGCUUUCAGUCCCUGAUGGCUCACCUGCAGGGCAAGGCUUCUUUCGACAACACCUGCCUUGAAGCUAUCAACUUCGCAGACCAUCUCCUUCGCGAGACUCCAUCAAAGAAGUUCGUCUCGAUCAAGCGUUCUUUCUUCCCGAAGGGUGGCCAGCCCGUCGAUCUUGGUGGUGGCGUCAACGCUCUCAAGGGCGUCUACCAAUCGCUUCGACUCGUCCACCCAGGCCGUCUUUCAGUCAACAUGGAUGUUGCCAACGGCACUUUCUGGCAAGCAAUUCCUCUGGUCCAAGCUGCCGUCCUCUUCUGUGGCGCUCGCGACCCGGCCGACCUGGCUGCUCAGCUGAACCGCGGCGGAGAGAAGGGCCUCAAGGGCAAGCAAUUGAAGCGUAUGCGCAAGUUGCAUGUUAUGGCGAAGCACCGUGGCAAGGCAGAACUCGACGAGUAUGUCAUUGACAGCUUCAUCUACAUUUCUCCGAAAGACUACAAGGUUCAAGUCACCGAUCCUUCCGGCAAGGAGGUUGAAAUGACGCUGUACAGCUUCUUCAUGAAGAAGUACAGCGUUACCAUCAACUACUCUGGCCUGCCUUUGGUGAAGAUGACGAAGGGCAAGAACACGGUCUUGCCAAUGGAGGUUCUCAAGGUCAAGGAGAACCAGCGAUACGCUUACAAGAUGGAUGAGCGUCAAACCUCCAACAUGAUCAAGUUUGCCGUCACGGCUCCUGGGCAGCGAUACCAACACAUCCAGGAGGGCAUGAAGAUGCUUGACUGGGCCAACGACCCAGUGCUGAACAAGUACGGUGUCAAGAUCAACCCCAACAAGACCAUCGUCGACGCUCGUGUUCUAGUGGCACCUACUGUCAAGUUUGGUGUUGGCGAUGCGAAGCCAGGCACUUCUGGUCGCUGGGAUCUCAAGGGCAAGAAGUUCUUGACUACCAACUCUGCUCCUCUGAAGAGCUGGGCAGUCUGUGUCGUCUCUGGUCGUCGUGGCGGCAAGCCAGACAAGACUGUGGUUGAGAAUUUCAUCAAGGCUUUCGUUUCGGGCUACAUCAACCAUGGUGGCAAAGUCGAGAACAAGCAGCCAUCGAUGGUUCUUGGCGGCGGUGACGACGUCGGCACCUGGGUCACGAACACUUGGAACGCUGCUGGCAACCAAGCCCAAUCCCGCCCUCAGAUCCUGCUAUUCAUCUUGCCCGACAAGGACAGCCAGGUUUACGGCCGCAUUAAGCGCUCUUGCGAGUGCCGCUAUGGUGUCGUCUCCCAGUGCGUCCAGUACGCUCACGCGCAGAAGGCUCAACCUCAGUACAUCUCAAACGUGUGCAUGAAGUUCAACUGCAAGCUUGGUGGUGCUACCUGCCGCGCCAUCGGCCCGAAGACAGGCGGUGCUACUGGUAUCUUUCAGGUCCCGACUAUGGUCAUCGGCGCUGAUGUGUCUCACUCUGCUCCUGGCGUCCAGGCCCCAUCCAUGGCUGCCAUGACCAUCUCUACCGACAGACUCGCCACUCGCUACGCUGCACUCGUCCAGACCAACGGCUACCGUGGAGAGAUGAUCAAUACCGAUAUCAUCAAGAACGAGCUCAAGCCAAUGCUGCAGCACUGGGUCCAGCAAGUUGGUGGCGGCAAGCUUCCAGCGCAGAUCAUCUACAUUCGUGAUGGUGUCUCCGAAGGCCAGUACAACCAGGUUCUUCAGCAGGAGGUUAUGGACAUGAAGCAGCUUGUCAAGACUGCCGAUCCCUCUGCCAAUGUCAAGUUCCUCGUCGUCAUCGGCUCUAAGCGCCACCACGUUCGCUUCUUCCCCGACAAGGGUGACCGCAACGGCAACGCAUUCCCGGGCACCCUCGUCGAGACUGGUGUGACCAACCCAUUCGAGAAUGAUUUCUACCUCUGCUCGCACGCCGCCAUCAAGGGUACAGCUCGUCCGGCUCACUACUACGUUCUCCUCAACGAGCCAGCUAUGUCCAACGACAUGCUUCACACCCUGCUCUACGAGCAUGCCUACCAGUACCAGCGCGCCUCGACCCCAAUCUCGCAGCACCCGGCCAUCUACUACGCCCAUCUUGCCGCUGCGCGUGCUGGUCCACACGAUCCGAAGUGGGCUGGUAGCACUGACGGUCCAUCCACUGAGAAGAAGCAGUCGGGCUCUCAGUCUGGCUCGCAAGCUGGCCGUUCUGGCACUCGCGGUUCCUCCUCUGGCGUUCCGGCUGAGUUCGACAAGCUCAUGCCCAUGCCGAACCAGGGCGGUAUCGCAACUUCUAUGUGGUACAUCUAAGUGCUAAAUGGAUAGUUUCUUGCACUGACACGAUGAGCGGCGAGGAGAGGUGAUGUGGUGACUUGGUGGUCUUGGCCUAGAUGGUGUUCCUUUUGGUGAGGCGUACAGGCGCGAGGGUCACUACAUGAUCGAGAGUGUACGAUUGUGACCGAGAGAAGGCUCGAGACGAGCAAUAUGAUGUACUAGUAGCAUGAAGAA